UGAAAAUGGUGAUCACAAACCCUACAAUUAAAUUUCACAACUACUAGAUACUAGUACUACAUCAGUACUUUUCCAACGCUUGAGAGAUUUAAGGACACUUUCUCUCUCUACCGUCCCUUUUUAUCUCUUUAUUUCUAGGGUUUGUUUGAACACUUCAAUAUCCUACUCCCAUCUUCUAUAUCACUCAGAUUCAGAUUUAUUUUUCAGGAGAAAGUGGGGAAGACAAGACUAAAACUAAUCAAACAAAAAAGUGGGUUCUUUUUUACAUCAUCAAAGAUUGAAUCUUCAAAUUUUGUUCGAGUUAGCAGAAGAUAAAGAAUCAAGGAUCUUUUGGGAUUUUGUUUUAGUUUUUGUAUUACAAAACGAGUUUUGUUUUGUUGUGGUCUGUAUUUGAUUUAUUGACAAAUGCCUGAUGCUGCCGAUUUCUUUAAAUUUUAGCAAAUUCUAAGGAUCUGCUUCUUGUUUUUUAAGGACAAUCUUUGUGAUAACUUUGGAAAAUCCUCCAGUAUUACGCCCAGAAACCCUCUUUACUGAAACAAGGGUUGGUUUUGGACAGUGGACACUACACUGUUGUUUUGUUUUCUGGACAUUGAAAAGUGAACUUGACCCGAUUUGUGAGGUGGGUUAUCCAUGGACAGAUCAAGAUCUAAACGGAGCUACUACUAUGACCAUCAAGACUAUGACCCUGAACCCUUUUCUAGGACAAGGCCCAGAUACAAUUCCUCUGCUCCUAAUCAACACCAUUACCCUGGAAGUCGGAAUCGAGGUGGUGGUGGUGGUGGUGGAGGAGGAUUUGGUGAUAGAAGUGGUGGAGGGUUUGGUGAUCGAGGUGGUGGCGGUGGAGGAUUUGGUGAUAGAGGCGGUGGCGGAGGAGGAUUUGGUGAUAGAGGUGGGGGUGGUCGAAUGGGAGUAAAGGUUGGUUCGGUUUCAGGUUCAGGUUCGGAUCCAUCAAUGGUGACAACUAGUUAUAGGAUACUAUGCCAUGAUAUGAAGGCAGGAGGGGUAAUUGGAAAAUCAGGAAGUAUAAUAAAGGCAAUUAGACAACAUACUGGAGCUUGGAUAAAUGUUCAUGAGCUUGUGCCUGGAGAUGAGGAGAGGAUUAUUGAGAUUUCGGAUACGAGGAGGAGAGACCCUGAUGGGAGAAUGCCCGCAUUUUCGCCAGCUCAAGAGGCAUUGUAUUUGAUCCAUGAGAGGCUUCUUGAGAGUGAAGGGUAUGUUGAUGGGGAGGGAGAUUUUGGGAGAGGUGGAAAUACUAACAAUGGGAGGGUAGUCACUAGGUUGGUUGUAUCAAGAUUACAUGUUGGGAGUUUGUUGGGUAAAGGAGGGAAGAUUAUUGAACAAAUGAGGGUUGAUACAAAGACUCAAAUUAGGAUUCUUCCCCGUGAUCAUACGUUGCCUCGUUGUGUUUCGAUGGGGGAGGAGAUUGUUCAGGUUAUUGGUGAUAUGAAUUCUGUGAAGAGUGCCUUAGCUAUUAUCUCAUCGCGCUUGAGAGAGAGCCAGCACCGUGAUCGUAGUCAUCACCAGGGGCGAUAUAACUCAGAGGAUCGGUUCAUUGAAGAAGACUUCAAUCCUAACAUGAAUCGUAAAUCGUCUAUGGAUGGUGGUCCAUACAGCUCUCGAUUACACUCUAACUCAUCCAAUAAUAGGGGCAAUAGUUAUUCAUCUCGUUCGGGUGGUCAUAUGUACGAGUCUGAAGGUGCACCCUAUACUGAAAAUUUUCAACCCUCUUUUGAAGACCUGGUGUUUCGAAUACUUUGCCCGAAUGAUAGGGUUAAUAGUGUGGUUGGCGAGUCCAGUGGAAUCAUGGAUCUUCUUCAAAAUGAAAUUGGUGUGGAUGUUAAGGUUUCUGAGCCGAUUGAUGGUUUUGAUGAGCGCAUAAUUACUGUUUCAUCUGAUGAGGGGCCUGAUGAUGAACUAUUUCCAGCUCAGGAAGCGUUGUUGCAUAUUCAGACUCGUAUUGUGGAUUUAGUUCCAGACAAAGAUAAUUUUGUCACUACAAGGUUGCUUAUCGCAUCCAGUGAUAUCGGAUGCUUAAACGAAGGAGAUGGAGCAUUAUCUGAGCUAAAGAAAUUAACUGGUGCAGACGUAGAAGUCCUGCCUAGGGACAAAGUUCCAUCAUUCAUAUCAAGCUCCGACGAGCUGGUUCAGAUUGUGGGAGAGAUUAAAGUAGCUCGUGAAGCUCUUGUUGAGGUGACUGCUAGACUAAGAAGCUAUAUGUACAAGGAGUUCCUCCAGCGGGAUAUGCGUCCCCCACCCGAACCAACUCCAGGUUCAUAUGGAAAUGGGCCUUCUGUUCCUGAAUCGGCUGGAAACAAUCAUGGUCCAGCCUAUGACUCAUUGGCUAUUGAUUCUCCGGCCGUUAAAUCUCAAAAUGUGCAAAGUACUGCUGCUCCAGUACCUAAUAAGGAUGCUGGAUUAUCAAGCAGCGAAACAUCAAAACCGAAUGAAAGUGAUCGUCGUGAUGAUAGCGUCAACAGUCGCCGUGAAGAUACAGCAACCAGCUUGAAUAGUGGCAGGAUCCAGGUGCCGAUGGUCACUAGGAGCACUCUGGAAGUCGUUAUUCCAGAAUAUGCUGUUACAAGGCUUAUGGGGAAAUCCAAAAAUAAACUCGCUCAAAUUAGUGAGUUAUCUGGCGCCAAUGUAACUCUGGUAGACGAUGGACCUGAAACCGAGAAGGUCAUCAGGAUAAGAGGCACUCCUGAACAGGCAGAGAAAGCCCAGAGCUUGCUCCAAGGCUUUUUCUUGAGUAUUCAAGAAGACAAUUGAGGCGCGGGUGAAGGCGAUUCGAGGAUUCGGCUAAUCGUGGAGCUGUUUCAAUUUUCCGUCGGCUUUUCUUCAGCAGCAUGUUUUUGGUCAGCCUUCUGUGCAUCCUUUCUCUUAUCUUAAGCUUCAGCAGGUAAGUAGCUAGGGGGAUGUCAGAGGGUCUUUUUUAUUUGUAAAUACUAUGUAUCAGCAUUUCCCAGAUUUACCUAAAUUACUAAUAGUUGUAUUGGUUUUUUUUUUUUUUUUUUUUUUUAGUAAACUAAAUUUCCCUUUACUCUUUAGUAUCUCUAGUUUAAAUGAAUGUGUUAUUUUUUUUUCUUAAAUGAAAUUUUUUUAGAUCCCCUAAAGAUGCUACAUGUGCCCGAAUCGCAAUUUGCUUGAUUCGCAUCUGAAUUCACGACUACGCUUUUGACUUGGUUGUAGUGUGAUCUUAGGUGCGGAUCUUAUGUCUACAUUGAAAUUUACAUAAUUUCAAAUUAAUUUUGAAUUCGGAUUCAGUUUAUCCGUUUUGUUUUGGUCACCUCAUGGUGCAUCUUUCCCUUUACUCUUUAGUAUGUCCUUUCACUUUCUUGUAAUCGAUCUUAUAAUAAUAUCUUUCAUCUGAGUUUCAAUUUAGUAAAAGUGUUUCUUAUUUAAAUAAUUAUUGGUUUUAAGUAGAUUCUA